CCAUUCCCCAGAGCUGUGACAUCUGUCGCCCAGCCCAGCGCGGUGAGAUGCUUUUUCCGUCGCGUUUGCAACUGUCACCUUCUAAUGCAGACCCACACGCCACCUAUCAUUUUCUGAACUCCCGCUUCCUCCUUCUUCUCAAUAACUCAAACGCUGUUGACUUCAGCGAGUACUUGGCUAACGAACUUGUAUUUAGUGAUGAGGCAUCCACGCACGUUAGUAGACCGCAUACCGCGUGACGUGGUCCCCAAUUUGCCGUUUUAGUGACUCGGGCUUGUUCUGAACGAACAUCUUGUAACGCUUGGCAGCCUUGAACAUUUCGGCCCGAGGCGUCGCGUGGUCACCUAGACAGAUAGUAGAUAGCUAAGUUCUAAGGAGGUAACAACUUCGUGGCGGGCGGCGAAAGCAGCUCGACGUUGACGUGUUUCCCUGUACUGAAGCCGUUUCCUUGGAAGGGUCUCACUCAAACCGCACUUCUAUUCAACGCCUAGCGCUUCGUGCCCGGUCUGCAUGUCCUGUCUGUCGCAGCGCUGUCCGAGCGAACAGCGCCCUCAUCAACUCGCAGAAACAUGGCCAAGGUCCUGGGGUUCUGGCGCCGCAAGGCACCGGAGAAGUCAGAAGCACUCGCUCCCGUGCCCGCGCCUAGCUCGCCGCAGCUUCCACCCAGCACAAAGUCCGCGAGCGCAGCUGCAGAGGACAGAGCUGGAGACCAAAGCAUCGACCUUGUCCCCACACGCCGCCAGGCCUCUCAGAUCAACGUGAACAGGUUCCUCGCAAACUCACCAUAUGGCCUAACCGCCAUCCUCAAAAAGUCCUCGCGACCAGACGUCGCAGACGCCCCAGCCACCCCGACCCCCGGCGACGCACCCCCCACGGCGGCCUCCCCUUCGCCCCCGCCCAUGCAGCCCGUUGCUCCACCCGGAGAAGCCCCACCCUCGCGACCCAUGCGCGAACGACGCAAGUCAACCACGCUGACCGAAAUGGCCCAAGCCGUCCAAAACCUCGACGUCAGCCAUGCGGCUCUCAUUAUGAUGCCCGCGCGGCUGCGUCAGGAGCUCUCGCAGCCCAACGCCGAGCUGUCCGGCACCGCACAGCCCUCCUCCGGGCAGCUCCCGCAGCUCUCCCGCGCCUCCGCACUCCCCGCCACACCUCUCAGCCCUUCAUCCGCCGGGGGCGGCGGCAGCACGGGCGACGGCGCAGCAGCCGCAGCCGGCAGCUACCUCCCCAGCAGCAUGGGUCCCGGCGGGGCGCCUGGCCGCAGUCUGGACCGCACGCCCUCGAUCAUCCGAGAGGCUGUGAAGCAGCAGCAGCUGCUGCGGCCGCCACCCCAGCCAGCUGACAGCCAGCUACGCAGCUACAUGUCCAGCCUGGGGCAUGCGGACACCGGCGCGGGCGGGUGGUCGGUGGUGCCAGCAGCCGACAGGGCGCCGGCAGCAGCGCGCAGCGGCACCCCCCUGGAGCGGCGCACCUCCACGCUCACGCAAGCCCCGCAGGCCAACCAGGCCAGCACCCUUGGCGGGCCGAGCCGCCAUGCCCUGGCAGCCAUGCCAAGCGGCAAGGCAACCCCGGGGGUGGGCUCGCAGGGGCAGGCAGCAGCAGCAGGAACAAGCGGCGGCACCCUACCAGGCCCGGGGCCGCAGCCGGCGGUGCAGGGAUCCAAACGGAGAUCAGACCCGGGGGAAGACUUCCGCAUGCGGGCCGCAGCAGCCUCCGCGAUGGCACCUGCUGCGGCUGCGGACGCGGCUCGGGGGUCCAAUAACCGCAACGGCACGGACGAGGGGCUGGGCCCGGGAUCCGGCUCGCGGCCGUCGUAUUUGUACGGCACGGGGCGGGGCUCGGAUAAGGACCUCCGGCGGGGUAUGAUGGGCGUCAGUCGUACGGAAACCGCCCUAGAUGACGGCAUGCGGCGACCGGGCAGCUUCACAGGGGGGCCGGGGGCGGCGGCAGGGGCAGCGGCGGCGGGCGGGGGGGCGGAUGUGAAGCUGCCGAACAUUGGUCUGGCGGGAGCGCGGCGGGGGACGACUGCGGCGGCGGGGAGGGAGGGCGAUGCGAAGGAUCGGUCGGCGGUGGAUGUGGCGGCGCUGUCUGAGGCAAUUGCGACGUAUGAAUCCGAGGCUGCUCGGCUGCGUGCCGCUGCACUUCGCAAGAUGGACACGCGCAUCAAGCGGCAUGUCAUGGAGCGCUUCCUGGGGCGGGAGGAUGACGACGGCCCUAGUCCCAGCGGCGACAGCGGCAGCGGAGGCAGCGGCUCGAUGGCGCGGCCGACCAACCCGCUGGCCCCUAGGCUGCUCGGGCGCAACCGACUUGAUGGCGCGAGCGCGGGCGCGACUGCAGGAGACCGAGGCGGAAACGCAGGCGGAGCUCCACCACCUGCGUCGGCACUCCGCUCUGGGGCAGCGGGUGCCUAUGCCAGUGGAGCUGACGUCAGAGGCGGCACUCGCGGCCAAGCGGCGACCUUAGCUGCUGCGGGCGGCGGAGGGGCCGGGGGCGGGGGCGCACCCAUGGGCAGACUGCGGCCCUUGGAAUCCAUGCCCGCCCUCGACCGGUGACCGGUACAAGCGAUGUCACAUGUUGCGGUGUAGGGCCGCCCCUCCCUGUCGUACAACCUCGCGAGCCGUUGCGGCCACCCAUGGAGCUGCAAGAAGUCCGAGCAAACCACCCGACUUCAUCGCAUCAUUCAUCCCAUGGCCUUGUAGCGGCGAUGUCUACCGUUACCUCCAUGUGCCGCCGGAUAACCGAGGAGGAUAAUGUGUGACUUUCCUGUAACAAGAGUGAGUGAGUGUGAUUGGGCAUUUUGGGGGGUAAGGUAUGCUGCGCCGCAAGGAGACACUGAGGGGAGGGGGUGUGACACCCCGAGGCGCAGGACACGCCGACCUUGUCCGAUGGUGCUGCUGCUGCGGCUGUGACGCAUGCAGAGCCGGGUUGGUUCGCUGGAGGCAGUGUGGGAGCGGCAAGUGUCGUGGCGCGCUCUCACGUGCUUGUGUUUACCGUACAAUUCCUAAUUUGAUAUUGUUUGACGUGUUGGGGCCUCCCAGUCCCCAGUUAUUGCUGCGAAGCAAACGCGGAGUUUGUAGCGGCGGGGCAACUGGUUGGUUGGUCAUUAAUGGCUUUGUUUGGAGCUUGGCUUUGGGGCGCUGGGCAACGGUCACAUACCGUUGGUUGCUGAUACGGUUGGGGUUGGUGAGAUUGCAGUAAUUGAUGUCUAUGUGUCGCGAUCUUGAAGAAAGACAGUAUACAAUUUCUUAAUGAAGUGCUUACAGCCCCUACACUGGAGACGAUUGUCCAGGGCAUGCGUGUCUCUGUCAUGCAUGGGCUGGGCGGAUUCGUGUGUUUCCGCCGCUAUGUAUUCACUGGUCAAGCUGCGCAGGAGUGUGCGAGCCGCUACGCGCAUGGCCAGGACAGGAAAAUGGUGUCGUGUGGUGUUUUUGUGGUUCCAAGUUCGUUGAGUAUCGCGCGAUGCAUAUCUGUGGUGCCCUGCCAGCGCUAUGCUCGUGUUGGCAACCGGACACAGCUGGCAAGCAAUCCGAAGGGCUGACUUUCGCGUGCGUUGAUGAAGUUUACGACACGUCAUUUUCAGCACCAGCACUGGUGUUGUUGAUAACUGGCGAUAGCAUUGCCGCAGAUAGCCUACCCCAUGACGUUAUGGCACCCCCCCUGCCCUGGUAACUGACAAGGCAUGCAGGCGCCGUGUGGGGCGCCCGUUAGUCGCGUGCAAUUUGAGGC